AUGGAUGUUCGGAAGCAGGACAAUGACGCAGCUUUGGAUGACUGCGCCCCACAAUUUCCACCCACCCGGCCAGGUCGCUUGGAUCGCAUCAAUCUCUGCCACGUCCUUGUCAAUGUGAACCCACGAUGGCUUCAGUUUAGUCGCAGCCGACACCUUCGACAACCAUUGCUGUAUGUACAUCGGUUUCAUAACACGUACCAACGACGCCUCAAGGAGUGCAGCCACUGCAAGUUCAUGAAGCGACAGCACAGCCCCAACCUCAGCAAGGCGUACAAGGUGGCUAGUCUGGAAUACGCGAAACUCAACAUCGCGAAUCCUCCCAAUUGGAACGAAAUUAUUUGGUCCGACGAAUAA